UCAUCCCGAUCUCCGUUGAGUUUGUUUCAUGGGAAAGGCACGGCGGUUUCGGCAGCAGGUCUGGUGGGCAUCACCUCCGUCCCCGAUGGAAGCGGCCGUGCUCUCCGGCACCUUAUUUGGCUAUGGCUGCGUGGAGGGAGCGCACAGCUCUCGCCAACAGUGGGAAGAGCCGGGGAUGCUUGGCUGCUUCUGACGCAUGAGCCCGCACCGUGCAUUUUUGACCUUGCCUCCAAGCUCGGCAGCGCAUUGGUGAUGCGGCCGCCCGCCUCCGCGCACACCCACGGCGUGGGACGGGGACCACGGGGACGGUGUCCGCCGGCCACCAAUGCCCCAAGAGCAGGGCAACGGAGAGGGCAAGGGGUGCUCAGGGCAGGAGAAGGCAGCGGCAGUCAGCUGUAGUGACACAACGCGGCUGCAGCGGGGCCGUGACGCAUUGCAUCAGCUGGGAAGCUCGGCCAAAAGGCUGGAGCGCAGAGUAACCCUUUCUGUGUACUGCCCUAUUGUUUGGCGCUGGAGCAAUACCAAGAUAGGAUCUGGGAGAGCUCUGCUGUUACGGGCUGGUGUUCCCCUGUUGGAACCCUGCAAGUUGGGGUCCAGCUCCCAGGCUCGGGGGCAGAAAUGGGGUUCUGCUGGCCAGGAGUGAGGCCCAGGGAGGACUGGGGUUGGAUUCAUGUUGGAAAAGACCUGCAAGAUCACCCAGUCCAACCAUUAGCCACGUUAGCCUGAAUCCUCCACGCUUUGUGCGCUCAACCUUAAUGCUUACAGGAAAGGGGAUCCCAUUAUAACAGCAAAGGGGAAGAAGCGGUGAGACCCCAUCAUCCCCACCAUGUGGUUUUUGUUCCCCUGCCAAUUUUCCAUCUCCAGAGUCAUAGGAUGGGCACAAGGGAAGCCGAGGACUGUGAGGUCCCCAAUGCCAUGGGCAAGGGGAUGGCUUCCAAUGGACGCGCUGCCAUUGCCGGCCACAUCCUGCCCACCGUCCCGCUCCCUCCACACAUGACGGAUUGUCAGGAAGCCGGGUUGCCUUGGCGGGACGAAUGUAUCACUGGGUGGAGAGCUGCAGGAAGCGGAUAAUAGGGGUUUUUUUCUCGGUAUUUGUGCCGGUUCAGGCUCUUGGUUCAGCCAGUUCCUAUUUCCUAAGCUCUCGGGCGGUCGGGAUGGAGGGUGGCAGCGCGUCGCCCGGCCUGGGCUCCAUGAACCACGACGCCAAGGAGGCCGGGGCCAUGGCGCUGGACGGGAUCCGCAUGCCGGACGGCUGCUACGCCGACGGGACGUGGGAGCUGAGCGUCCAUGUCACCGACCUGGGCCGCGACGUCACCCUGAGGGUCACCGGGGAGAUCCACAUCGGGGGAGUCAUGCUGCGGCUCGUCGAGAAGCUCGAUGUCAAGAAGGACUGGUCGGACCACGCGCUCUGGUGGGAAAAGAAGAAGACGUGGCUCCUCAAAACGCACUGGACGUUGGACAAGUAUGGCAUCCAGGCUGACGCCAAGCUGCAGUUCACACCGCAGCACAAACUGCUCCGCCUGCAGCUGCCCAACAUGAAGUACGUGAAGGUGAAGGUCAACUUCUCCGACAGAGUCUUCAAGGCGGUUUCCGACAUCUGCAAAACCUUCAACAUCAGGCAUCCAGAGGAGCUCUCUCUUCUGAGGAAACCCAGAGAUCCGUCAAAGAAAAAAAAGAAGAAACUGGAUGACCAAUGUGACGACGAAGCCUUCGAGCUGGAGGGCCCGCUGAUCACACCAGGGUCGGGCACCGAUAUUCUUUACAUCGGCCCCGUCAAAGGAAACAUCUAUUCCAGCCCGGGACUGUACAGCAAAACCAUGACGCCGACGUACGACGCGCACGACGGCAGCCCCUUGUCCCCUACGUCCGCGUGGUUCGGGGACAGCGCCUUGUCGGAAGGGAACCCGGGCAUCCUGGCCGUCAGCCAGCCCGUCACCUCCCCCGAGUCCCUCGCAAAAAUGUACAAGCCACAGGCGCUCCUCGACAAAGCCAAAAUCAACCAAGGGUGGCUGGAUUCGUCCCGGUCCCUCAUGGAGCAGGAGGUGAAGGAAAACGAGGCUUUGCUGCUCCGGUUCAAGUACUACAGCUUUUUUGACCUGAAUCCAAAGUACGACGCCAUCAGGAUCAACCAGCUGUACGAGCAGUCCAAGUGGGCCAUCCUGCUGGAGGAGAUCGAGUGCACGGAGGAGGAGAUGAUGAUGUUCGCGGCGCUGCAGUACCACAUCAACAAGCUGUCCAUCAUGUCAUCAGAAAACCACCUGAACAACAGCGACAAGGACGUGGACGAGGUGGAUGCUGCGCUCUCUGACCUAGAAAUCACCUUGGAAGGUGGCAAAACGUCAACGAUUCUGGGUGACAUCACUUCCAUCCCGGAGCUCGCCGACUACAUUAAAGUAUUCAAGCCCAAGAAGCUGACCCUGAAAGGUUACAAGCCAUACUGGUGCACCUUCAAAGAUACCUCUAUCUCCUGCUACAAAAGCAAAGAGGAAGCCAACGGGACUCCUGCCCACCAGAUGAACUUGAGAGGAUGUGAAGUCACCCCGGACGUGAACAUCUCCGGUCAGAAGUUCAACAUCAAGCUCCUGAUCCCCGUGGCGGAGGGGAUGAACGAAAUCUGGCUGCGCUGUGACAACGAGAGGCAGUACGCCAGCUGGAUGGCCGCCUGCCGCCUGGCCUCCAAGGGCAAGACGAUGGCGGACAGCUCGUACAGCAUGGAGGUGCAGAACAUCCUCUCCUUCCUGAAGAUGCAGCACCUCAACCCGGACCCGCAGCUGAUCCCGGAGCAGAUCACGGCCGACAUCAACCCCGAGUGCCUGGUGUCCCCGCGUUACCUGAAGAAGUACAAGAACAAGCAGCCAGGCUAUGUAAGAGACUUGCUCACGGCGCGGAUCCUGGAGGCCCACCAGAACGUCGCCCAGAUGAGCCUCAUCGAGGCGAAGAUGCGCUUCAUCCAAGCUUGGCAGUCGCUGCCCGAAUUCGGCAUCACGCACUUCAUCGCGAGGUUCCAGGGGGGGAAGAAGGAGGAGCUGAUCGGCAUCACCUACAACCGGCUCAUCCGCAUGGACGCCAGCACGGGCGACGCCAUCAAAACGUGGCGGUUCAGCAACAUGAAGCAGUGGAACGUGAACUGGGAGAUCAAAAUGGUGACAGUGGAGUUUGCUGACGACGUGCGAGUGUCCUUCAUCUGCACAGAGGUGGAUUGCAAAGUGGUGCACGAGUUCAUCGGCGGCUACAUCUUCCUGUCGACGCGAGCGAAGGACCAGAACGAGAGCUUGGAUGAGGAGAUGUUCUACAAACUGACCAGUGGCUGGGUGUGAGCCCCAUGUACUGUAAGCCAAGAGGAAACCCCGUGGCCGUAUUAAUAUUUAACUUUAAAAAGCUGUUAUUUGAAAUAUGCUGCUUAAUAAAGUAAGCUUGAAAUGUAUCUUUUUUUUUUUUUUUUUUUUAAAUCAUGAACGUUUUUUGCAUUACCAGACCAGUUAACCUGUGUGCACUAAUGAGCACUUCUGUUAAUUUGCUAUAACGAGACCGUGCCUGGGCCAGGUGAUGCUGCCUGCAGCCUUACUCCAGAACAUGCCUGCAGCUGGGAUAGGAUUUGACUUAAAGAGCCAAAUUUCCAAGAGAACUCUAAGCCAUCUUCUUUAAAAGCCAUCCAGGGCUUAAACGAUAUGAAGUCUAUUUAUCAUGUUUAAUGCAUGAGUGUUUUAUUUCUUUUUUUUUUUUUGUGUUUUCUCGUUGUAUUUUUUUUUAUUAUUAUUAUUCUGUACAUUUGACCUGUUUGGAAGCUGUCCCUCCCCAUAUGUAGAAUUCCAGUCUCCUCUCACACUACAUGCACCGGGACUGCGACGGGUGCCUGACGUUAUUCUGAAGAUGUGUGGCCUUAAAGAUGACCUUCUGUUAGCCUGUUAGAGCUUGGUUUUAUUUGUUAACUUUCCUUUUUUGAUAACCAUUUAUAUUGUCUUGUUUUGUUUUUUUUUUUUUAAUUUUAUUUUUACACCGUAUUGUGUUAUGACACUUUUAGUAUUCACCAGCAUAGUCCACCGUUCCGCCUACGAUAUGCAAACUUUUUCAUUACAAUAUGAAGUAAAGGUCUAUGAAGUAUAGGUUUUGUGUAACUAAUGUAAAAACACAAAUUUUAUAAAACUGUACAGUUUUUUAACUAGUCUCACAAGCCAGCUAGAAUAUCGCAUAGAUAUCCGCCUUAACUCUAGUAUGCCUGUAAGGAAUAAGGGGAUUAGCCUAGGAAAAAGAAAAUACAGCCAAAAAAAAAAAAAAAA